AUGUCGUCCACCAGCAACGCCUCCAUUGACAAGCUCAACGGAGACAAUUACGCAACGUGGAGCCGGUACAUGCGCGGUGUGUUUUUGACGAAGUCCGUCUGGCACGUCGUCAACCGUGAAGUGACUCCGACUUUCACCGACCCGCGAGCGUCCGAUGACUACGUCAAGGCAAGCAACGUCGCGUUUGGUAUGAUGCUGCUGCACAUGAACGCGGACUACCAUCAUGUGCUGGACAACUGCGAGGAAGCCUGGGUUGCGUGGACAAGUCUGAAGACGCUGUACGGUGGGUCGCAGAAGGCAGGACGCAUCUACCUCAAGCGACAACUUUUCAGUAUCAAGAUGGCUGAAGGCACGAACGUCAUGCAUCACUGCAACGAGGUCCUCAACGUCUCCGCCAAGCUUAGCGGCAUCAGUGCGAAGAUGGAAGACGAAGACGUUGCGAUCUGUAUGCUACUCAGUCUUCCGAAGAGCUACGAAAAUGUGGUGCUCAACAUGGAAAUGAGCAGCACCGAGCUUCGCACUCAAGAUGUGGUGAGAGUCCUGACGAAUGAGCAUGCCAAGCGUCAAGGAGAAAAAGGGACAACGACAGCGACUACGGUGAAGGCUGAAGAUGCAAGCAAGGCAUUCAGCACCGAACGUGAGCCCUACCAAUGCACGUAUUGUGGCAAGGUGGCCAUCAAGGGUGUGGGAACCAUCAUGGAAAAGGUGGUUCUGCCCAACGGUGAAGAGCGUGAGAUCAAAAUCAAGAACGCGCUAUAUGUUCCAAGUAUGAGCAAGAACCUGCUCUCGGUGCCACAGAUUAACAGCCAUGGCAAGUUUCAAGUCGUGUUUGACGGGUCCAAGAUGUAUGUGACUCUCAAGAACUCACAGCAAGUGGUGGCGACAGCCGAUCUUCUCGAUGGACUCUACUGGCUUCGGAAGACUCAACGAUCAGCGAAUGUGACAACAAGUGGAACCAGUUGUGCCGAUCUACAUGCGAGAAUGGGUCAUGCUCCAGUCGAUGUACUUCGCAAGAUGAUCGCCCCUCGCGACCAACAUGAUCAAGGAUGUGCGAGUCCCUCUCAAGUCGGGUGGAGCAACUACAUGUCGAGGAUGUCAACAAGGGAAAAUGGUCCAAAAACCAUUUCCAAGCAACCGAGACAAGCGCAGCUACGAUACGUUUGA